AUGAAGUUGGACCGGCCAUUCGUCGGGUUAUUUCUCUGCCAUCGGCUAGUCCGGCAACCUCGAUUACUCUGCAGGAAUGUAAGGAGAUUCAAAUUAAUUCGGUUAACACAUUUUUUUAGUAUUCAACACGGAAUAGCUCGAUCGAAGAUGUUCCCUCUACAUCGGCGAACGAUCUCACUCAAAAGUUGACUUCUUUUCGAUCAGAUCCGGAGAAGAUUAUCAAGGUGAAGGUGAGGAACGGACUCCCAAUGUUGAAGGUUCCGUUGCCUUCUCGAGCCGAGAAAUGUCUUUUUAUUCUCAGACCUAUCAGUGAUACGGUCGGAUCAUUUUGUCAGAAAUUGAGAGAUGAAGACAAGGGAAUCGAGAUCGCCGCUAUCUACAAGAUGGGCAAGUCCUUAAAAUUUCGGUUACGAUACAAAUCUCACCAUUUACACAGUAACUAAUAGACUUUUAUUUCAGAUGGGACUCGCGUCUCCAAAAGUGUCCCAAUUGAGAGUUUGAUGAUAUUUCCGAUAUUUAGAAUUCGAAUUAACGAUCAGAUCUUUGAUGUUGAGACUCAAUCCUCGGCCACAAGUUCAGAUAUGGAAUUGUUAAAAAGUUCGGAUACUCUGAAAGGAAUGGAUGAUGUAAAAGCAACGGUAGCUGCGCUUUACACUGUCCUCAACAUUGAUGGAUUUAAAUUGGAAAGGGAAAAGAAGUUGAUGGUUGCUUUGGAAGAGAUUCAACUCAAACUAGAACCCCUGGAAAAGGUUUGUUGAAGUACUUUAUACUUACAUCAAAUGGUUGUUUAGAUCAGAAUACAACUCGAGCAAGAAUGUGAACAUUACAGUAACCAGGUGUUAUGGGGUGGGCUGAUCACGAUGGGAAUCCAGACUGGGAUUUUCGCUCGACUCACCUGGAUUGAUUACAGUUGGGAUAUCGUGGAACCUUGUACUUAUUUCGCCACCUUUUCGACUGUAAUUGCCACAUUCGGAUAUUAUAUUUACACUAAACAGGUAAUUAUAUUAUAUUUUUGAUUAAUCUGAGAUUUAUGUUUUAGAGUUUCGAAUAUGACAGCGCCCAACAAAGAGUAUUCACUCAGCAAUUUCAUAAACGAGCAAAGAAGGCCAAGUUUGAUAUUAAAGAAUACAAUCAACUGAAGAGUCUGGAGCAUGAGAUUAAAGAAGAUCUCCGGAGAUUAAGAGAUCCAUUGCAACAACAUUUGCCUGCCCAUCGACUAGCUUCCCUCGAAUUGGAUGCUGCCAAAUGGAGAUUAUCGAAACAAAGUUAA